GGAAAAUAUUGAGAAUUUCUCAAGAGCAUUUUCGAGUGCCCGAAAGAGAGAGAGAGAGAGAGAGGUGGCACUGCACAGCAGUAGAUCUUCAGUGUAUCCAAGGAACAGCCGCGGCACAGACGGCGCCACGUCAUUGUGCGCUCGUAAAUUGGAGAAAAAGAAAUUUACAGAAAUUAUUGAAAAAGCAAUUUGCGAGAUUAGUUGGGAUUGCAAGUUGUAAAUUCUAGCGUGCGUGUUUGGCGGCAUGUUCCGAGUGUCGCAGGAGAUUCGUUUGAAUACGAGCGCAGCGGGCGCGGCGGGGCUGGCCCAGGGGUUGGCCGAUGUCGGCGAUGUCAGCGGCAGCAGCGCGGAGAGUGUUUGUAUUUUUGGGCGAUACCAGCGCACGCCCGAUGCGGAUGCGUAUCCCACAGAGCCGCCGCAUGUCUAUGUAGCGCCCGAGCUGACCGAUGCGGGCAAGGUGCAGCUGCUGCAUUUGCCCAGCGGUGCGGUGCGUAUCAACUCCACGGUUAGCUUCGUUAUCAAGCGCAAUGGGGUGAAGGGCAAUUUUGAUGUGCGCCUCGAGACACCCAGCGGACAGCAUGGAGCGCCAUUGCAGCUGACACAGCUCGAUCCGGAACGCUUUCAGGUGGAGUGUCAGCUGGCACAGGCGGGCCUAUAUAAGGUGCACAUUAAGUGCAAUUCCGUGCCGUUGCCGAAGUCGCCCUACAUUAUAGUCACCAUAGCUGGAGGGACUACACCCGCUGAGGAUGGGAGCGAACAUGCAGCAUCCAGUCCCGCAAUGUCCCGCUUCGAAUCGGAUGCCAGCAAAGUUCACAGUCGCGGCCUGGGUCUGACCCAUGUCAAUCUGCUUGAGCGGAACGAGUUCACAGUAGAUGGCAGUUCCGCCGGUAGUAAUAUGCUCUUUGUAGGCAUACUGGGACCGCAGGGGCCAUGUGAUGAGGUGCUGGUCAAGCAUCUCGGCCGGCAUAUAUUCCGAGUCACGUACCAAGUGCGGGAGCCCGGCGACUACACUCUGGUGGCCAAGUGGGGUGAACAACACAUUCCAGGAUCACCAUUUAGCCUCUGCGCCGAAUAACAGAACCAGGCAUUCAAAAACAGGCUUGGGACUGAUCCGGUUCAGGCUGGAAAGAUAUUAUUGGGUGGGUGACUAAACGCAUAGCAUACAUUAU